UUGCAGCCAUGCUUAAAAUGCUAUUGUGCCAUGCUCCUGCGCCAGUGCUCAGCCCUUCACCGCGGCCAGUGCCUACCAGCUCCCCAGGCUUCGUUUCCGGCGAGCGGCGAUGGCGCCAGGGUGCUGCGACGGUGCUGGGGCUGACCUCCGUGGCAUGGAAAAAGAAGCGGCGGCAGCGCCGCGCCGUGGAAGGAUCCACCGAAGCUCCAGCGGGUGAGGCACGACUGCCAGAACGGAUCCGACGAAUUGCAGCAGAGUUGCGAAAACUGGAAAGUAUCACCAGUGCAUACAGCCAAAUUGCUCCUUAUGGAUUUCCACAGAAGAGCACCCCAGAAGGGCUGGCAGCCAUGAAUGAGCUAGAACAUUUGAUCAAUGGGGAACUUGAGCUUGACAAUCAAGAGGCGCAGCUGCUGGUAGCAAGCCUUCAACACGAGAAGAGUGAGUUUGGCCAAAUUGUGUCAGAAGCUCUGCAUAUUUUACGAGAGGGGAAGGACCAUCCUGCCUUCCCUGCAGCACAAGAAAUCAUCGAUUUGCUGGGCCGCGCCGAUGCCAAUGGAGAUACUCAGGUGGAUCCCGCACCUGCUUGGCCGUUGCCGCCCAGUGAAUCAGAUUCAGCUCCCAACGCGCAAAAUGCGCGCUGGCCGAUUCUGGCGGCGCUGGAUCAGACCUGUAAGGACGGUGAACGAAGCUUGGGCCUGGCUGAAGCGGAGUUGUACAUGGAACCAGGGCAACAAAGCCAACCCAAAGCGAUGACAUUGAAGAAAAUUUUGAAGGCUGCGCCAUCCCACAAGGUGCUUGGUGCAGCAGAGACACCCAUCACUGGUGUUGUGGACGUCAUGGAACGUGCUAUCCCCGGUGAUUUAUUGCUGGUGGAGGUGGAUGAUACAAGUUUCGACCAGGAGUUCAUCAACAGCACCUUGGAGGAAGCAGAUUCCCGCGAGGUGUCUGCAGUGGUUUUCUUGGCUCAGACCGUUGAUCUGAAGCUAUUGAAGGUGAGCUGGGAAGGAGAGCAGAGAACCUCUGUGAAAGCUGCCACUGUCCUGCCACAAGUCACCAAAGGUCAAGCCUUGGCCUUGUCCUUGGCACGUGCGUUUUUUGCCACGCAAAAGAUGGGCCGAAAGAUGAUGAAGAUCGCUGUUGUGGGCGACCAUUUGGAAGUCCGAAGUGCAUCCUGGCUUUUGUUCAAGAUUCUGGAAAUCUAUGCUGGAGCCUCAAAGACAGGCUUCAUCAACAACCGCUGUUCCAUGAUUGCCCAAAGUUCUCUUGGCACUGGAAUGCUCACGAGAUGCACAGUCGAGGAGAUCUUGGCUGGAAUGAACGCAGCUGAAGUGGACUUCUGCGUGGCUGAAGUGCUGCCCGGAUCGGACAGCUUUGACCAUGUGGACUUUGAUCUAGUGGUUGACUUGGGUGGAGAUGCCACCAUUUCUGCUGCGCGGCUGGUCAGCCCGAAGAACGGGAAGAGUGAAACGAAAGGAAAGGGCAAGGUGAGCUACAGCUUCGAAAUUCCCAGAGUUCAAGUAGCAGACUUGGAGGACUAUGCAAAGCUCACGAAGAAUGAAGUAAGUGAGGAACUGGAACGUCGAGGAGUUGAUAUUUCUCCAGCUGCCAGUACUAAGAAGGAGCUACUAGAGAAACUUCAGGAGCUCUUGGUCAGUACUGAUCCUGAGCCACGGCCAUCAAAAACGGAUAAAAACGGCCAGAAUCUGCAUGCGAGCUUCACAUCUGUCGGACUCAGAGGUUUGGAGCUGAACUUGAUGGGUCUUGGAAUGGACGAGCAACUCAUCUUGCCCAGUUUGGGCCUCUGCAGUCCCAAUGCCAUCACCGCGGCCAUUUGUGCUGCCUAUGUCCUGGCAGAGGAUGCCACUGCCGUGUGGCAGCAAUGUCUGGCGAAGCUGCCACAGAUCCCACCGCCCCCGGCGACGCUGGAGCUGUUCACAGCUGAAGCCCCGAGCGCGGGCAUCGCGGGCGUUUUGCACCAAGCCUCUUCGCCCAAAGAGGUGAAACUGGCCUUAGAGGCCAUGGCAGAGGUGAUGAGCAGCGAUCGAAAGGCCACAUUCACGGUGGUUUUUGGCUGUGAUGGUGAGGUUUCCAGGGGAGACCGAGCCAAAUAUGCAUGGGCACUGGCAGAACAUUGUGAUAGGAUUGUGCUUACAUCUGCAAGUCCUGGUGUGGAGCCGCCUAUGCAAAUUAUUGAAGACAUACUGGAGGCGAUUCGAGGAUAUCGCACCUGGAAGAAGAAGAAGACCCUGCUGGAGGUCUUUGUGAUUUCAGAUCGAGCAGAUGCCAUCAAGCUGGGGGCCAUCACACCGAAACGGGAUGGCGAAGCACCUGAUGUUACCCUAGUGUUUGGAAGUGACCAAGACUCCUAUGACGCCACGGAUGAGUUGGGCCAGCUUCGCUCCUGGCUCUUCCACGAUCGCCGGCUCCUCAGCGAGGCCCUGGAGCUCUCGGAGGAGCUCCGGGAGGACGGGACGAUGCCACCCUGGCUCGAGGGCUCCAUGGGAAAGCGCUUCGUUGUGCCGGGGAGAUCGCUCCACUGGUCCUAUGGGAUUGAGAUAUCAAGUGAUGGACAUAUGCAAAUGUUUCUGUGAGAUCAAAAUUCUGCGGUGCGUUGUCAUGUGAGUGUCCGUCCAACAUUACGUCUGAUGCGGGUUUGAACUUCCCAGGAAAAGCCGUAU